AAAUAGCUCGAGGAGUAUUUUACAGCUUGAAUUUUCUAUUUUUAGAUAUGCAAAAGCAUAAUGUUGCUACUAAAAAGAUCACUUUGGUAUAUAUUCCUUACACUAGUGUAGAAAGUUCAGUUUAAAAGACCGGAUCAUAUAACCUCCUCCCAUAGCGCACAGGGAAUAAAGACAGUCAUUAUUAUUCAGUUGCCUGUGUCUGAUUAUCGUCUGCUACGUUGUGUAUUUUAUGAGAUGUAUCUGGUUGGAUUAACAGGCGGCAUAGCCACCGGAAAAAGCACAGUAGCCGCAGUCUUUCGGGAGCAUGGCAUUCCUGUUAUAGACGCCGAUAUUAUUGCCCGAGAAGUUGUUGAACCAGGAAAACCAGCAUGGUAUAAAAUACAAAAUGAAUUUGGCUCAGAAGUGUUCCUGGAAACCAGAUACCUGGACAGAGCAAAACUCGGCGAGUUAAUAUUUAAUGAUGUUGAAAAGAGGAGAAAACUCAAUGCCAUUACACAUCCUGAUAUAUAUAAGAAAAUCUAUUGGCAAGUUUUUCAAUACUUAAUUCAAGGCCAUCCAUUCAUAGUUUUGGAUCUACCUUUACUUUUUGAAACAGGACACAUGUUAGAUUUCUUGCAUAAAAUUAUUGUUGUAACCUGCGAGGAAGACCUACAGCUACAACGUUUGAUGGAACGCAGCGGAUUUACAGAAGCUAAAGCAAAGAUAAGAGUAGCCGCACAGAUGUCCUUGGAGAAGAAAGCAGAAAUGGCAAAUUUUGUUAUCGAGAAUUCCAGUAGUGUGAGCGAUACCAGAGAACAGACCAUAAAAGUAAUUAAUGUAUUACGAUGUUCCAAGCAGCAUUGGAAAUUACGUUGUCUAGUUGGAUUUUGUUGUACAAUAUUGGUAGCCGGUGCUUACUGGUUGAAAAACAGAAAUUCUAAUAAAAAGUGAAAUUAUUUUCCACAAAAAUUUUAAUUAGCAAUAGAAUUAUUUACUUAUUAAUUAAAUUUUUAAUUAUAUACUAAUAUACUCACACAAUAUCAAAAACCGACAAAAGCUUAAUUGAAUUGCGCAUGUACAAAUUUACGGAUUAUCAAAUCCCGUCUUAUUGAGCAAGUUGAUACAUUAUACAGUAAAAUUAAUUUGUUUUUCUUUUUCUAUAAGAGGAAAGAUAUUUGUACAAGUGUAUCAUAGCUGUACAAAUUGUAAUUAUAUUCCGUUUACAUAACUAUGUGCUCGCUUAUAAAAUACUUUUAGGUACAUAACUAGAAAUCGAACGAACGAUAUGUACAGCGAUUUUACCUAUAUAUGUACUUGUGCGCAUUAAUGAUAAUGCAUAUGUAAAAAUCAUUAGACAAAAAAUUAAUAUUUUGAGGCAUCAUCCAACGAAAAUAAGAUCAAACAUACGAAUCUUGUAUUAAAUUAGAAGGAUAACAUUAUACAAUAGAUUCUCUCUUUCUUUUCUUUUACUGACGAUUUGUACUAAAGAUACGUAUAUACUAAAGAUACGUAUGUAUGCGUGUGUAUAUGCGUCAAUUUUUAAUUAGUUGCAUUUAUUAUAUACUACUGGAUAUGAAAAUAAAAAUGUUAAUUACUGAC